AUCAAUUUAAUUUAAGAGUUGAAAUUCAACAAAUUACUUUGAGAUAUAUUCAAUUUUUAUUUAUAAAAAAGGGAUUGAAAUAAAGCAAAUGGGAGAAACAAUUGAUCCAAUAUCAUCUUCAGCACAUGAAAGUGAAUCUGAAGGAGAACCAAACCCUCCCUUUAAGAGACAACCUAGUGAAUCUUCAUUGUGUCCAACUGAGGAAGAUGAGGAUGAACUAAACAGAAUACAAUUGGGUCCAAAAUGCAGUAUUAGAGACCACCUUGAGAAAGAUAAGGAUGAUGAAAGUUUAAGGAAGUGGAAGGAGCAACUCCUUGGAAAUGUCGAUUUUAACUCGGGCGAAGAAACUCUUGAACCAGAAGUGAAGAUAUGGAGUUUAACAAUUUUAUCACCUGGUAGAGAGGAAAUUGUCCUCCCCUUACCAGAGUCAGGAGACCCAAAAGGUUUAUGGUUCACCUUAAAGGAAGGUAGCCCUUAUACUCUCCGUUUUUGCUUUCAAGUUAGCAACAACAUUGUCUCUGGCCUUAGGUACACCAACACAGUUUGGAAAACUGGUCUCAAAGUUGACAGUACCAAAGAAAUGAUUGGGACCUUUAGCCCUCAAGGAGAACCUUACACACAUGAGAUGCCAGAGGAUACCACACCUUCGGGGUUUUUUGCAAGAGGCACAUACAGUGCUAGGUCAAAGUUUCUUGACGAUGACAACAAAUGUUACUUGGAGAUCAAUUAUACAUUCGACAUUCAGAAAGAAUGGCCAUCCAAGUAAUUAGAAGUUCAUUUUUUUUUUGUUUUUUUGAGCUUGUUUGUAGCAACAAUUGAGUAAGUUGAACCAAAGAUGUUGUUAUAGAAGAAUGCACUUGAAAAAAGUUUAUCAAGAAAGAGCAAAUACUUGAGAUAGCACUUUCUAAUUAAUAAAUGUUUGGUAUUCACAACAAAAAUACCAAUUAUUUAUGUAACGCUCGUCCUUUACAUUUUUUAUAUGACGAUUUGGAUAUUGUAAGAUUAGCUAGAUUUUUCUUACAAUUUGUCAUUACUUCUAAAUUUAUUCUCUAAAUUUUUGAGCAAGUUGUACAGGGAAUUCAAAUAUUAAU